AGAGAGUCUCGUUGUCAUGGCAAGAACCAAACAAACCGCCCGCAAAUCAACCGGUGGAAAAGCCCCGAGGAAGCAGCUCGCGACUAAAGCCGCCCGUAAGAGCGCUCCAGCCACCGGUGGAGUCAAGAAGCCUCAUCGUUACAGGCCCGGUACCGUAGCGCUGAGAGAGAUCCGCCGUUAUCAGAAGUCCACUGAACUGCUGAUUCGCAAACUGCCUUUCCAGCGUCUGGUGAGAGAAAUCGCUCAGGAUUUCAAGACGGAUCUGCGCUUCCAGAGCUCCGCCGUCAUGGCCCUGCAGGAGUCCAGCGAGGCCUAUUUGGUCGGUCUCUUUGAAGACACCAACUUUCAAACUCUCGUCACUAUGUCUGGAAGAGGAAAAGGCGGUAAAGGACUCGGGAAAGGAGGCGCCAAGCGGCACCGCAAAGUGUUGCGUGAUAACAUCCAGGGAAUCACCAAACCCGCAAUCCGGCGUCUCGCUCGCCGUGGCGGUGUCAAGCGGAUCUCCGGUCUGAUCUAUGAGGAGACUCGCGGUGUGUUGAAGGUGUUUCUGGAGAACGUUAUCCGUGAUGCCGUCACCUACACUGAACACGCCAAGAGAAAGACCGUCACUGCCAUGGACGUCGUGUACGCGCUGAAACGACAGGGACGAACUCUGUACGGCUUCGGAGGAUAAACGACUUU